CACUUCUCAGCUCCAUCGAGUUUGGAUUUUCGGUCCGGAUUGUUCGUUUGAAAACGAAAGGAAUCCCGUUUACCGUCGAUUCUCGAACGGUUUGUGUAGGAAAUUUCACCGUCUCACGAUGUCCUCGAGCACCGGCGGCGUGAAGCCCAUGACCAUCACGGGCCGUAUGGUCCGUGAGCGGGAGCGUUUGCUGGGAAUGACCCAGGAAGAACGUGCCUGGCGAUCUCAGUGGCUGAAGGAUCAACAGCUGGCUCACAAUGAGCCCCGACACGUUCCGGAAUACUGGAAGGAACGAUUGAAUCCGAUCCGUCGGGUCUACCGUGCCCCACUCGAUCUGGUGCAGAAAGGACUGACGCCGGUUUUGGGACUAGACUGGGCUCAUGCCAUUCGAUUCUGGACCGGAAGAAUCGGAUUGAUUGCUUUCGGUAUCUACGCCGGAGCUUACUACUUCAAAUAUAAUCAAAAUGACUGGACCCGAAAGGGAGGUUGGCGAGUGAUUCACUCCCGCACGGCGGUGGUCCCUGGUGAUGAAGGAUAUCCGAACUUCCCACAGCGCAGCAGUCCCGCUGAUUAUGCUGCCCGCGGUUUCAAGCAGUCUCCGAUAUAGUUGAGCGGUAAAAACAACUUUAUGAUUGUGUAGAUUUGGUCGAAAAUGUAAAAAAUAAUGGCGUUACAAUUUGA